AUGGGUAAGAAGGAUAAGCAGCGUAAUAAACUGCGUGAGUUCACCAGACAGAAACAGUUACAACAGGCGAAGAAAAACGAUAUGUUGGAAGAAACGCGACCACUAGUUGCACCCAGUAGUGCUGAACCCAUUGAAGCUAGUCUGUUGUUACCAAUUAAACCUGAAAUAUUACAGGAUCCCAGUACUGAUCUCCCCGGGUUUGUAGCUGAAGAGAUUGGGCAGCAAGAAGAGGUGGCCAACGGUUAUGGAUCCAUCACGGAUCCUCAUGAUGGCGAUAACAAGUCUGAGCGUCCUGUUUCUACUGCGGAGGAGAUAUCUGGUGCAAGGUUGAGAGUUAUUAUGUUAUCGAUGUAUCUGGGGAUAUUCUUGGCGGCCAUCGACAACACUAUCGUCUCAACCACCUCAGCCCAUGUUGCAUCUGAGUUCAAUCAAUUGUCAAAAGUUUCAUGGAUUGCGACAUCGUAUUUACUCUCGAGCGCAACAUUUCAACCUCUAUAUGGGAAAGUCUCUGACAUAUUUGGACGUAAGUGCCUAUUGGUCUUCACCAAUGUAGCAUUCUUGAUCGGCUGCCUGAUGUGCGGCUUGAGCAAGUCUUUCUGGUGGCUUGUAAUCGCCAGGUUUGUCGCUGGUGUAGGUGGCGGUGGUCUCACUUCGAUGAGUUCUAUUACCAUCACUGAUCUGGUGCCUCUCAGAGAGCGAGCCAUGUACCAGGGAAUCUGUAAUGUCUUUUAUGGGCUGGGGACUGCAUGUGGAGGUAUUGUAGGUGGAUGGUUUAGUGAUAACAAAGGUGGUUGGAGAAUGGCAUUUUUAAUUCAGGUCCCAUUGUCUGCAAUCAGUCUUCUAGUGAUCAUUCUACACCUAAAACUACCUAGCAAGAGGGCAACUCGCAACCAAGAUAACUCGAUAAAGCGCAAACUUUUAGCCAUCGAUUGGCUUGGCGCCUCGACUUUGGUUAUAUUCCUUGUCCUGUUCCUGUUAACCGCAUCAUUGGGAGGUAAAGAAAUCGCAUAUGGUUCCAGAACGUUUGCCCUCAUGUUAAUUUCAUCACUAUUGAGUUGUCUCGUAUUCAUCUAUGUGGAAUUACGAGUUGCCGCGGACCCAAUUCUGCCGUUAAGAUUCCUGGCGAUUCGCAGCGUUUUAGGUUCUAGUUUAAGCAACUGGUUCUGCAUGAUGGCAACAAUGACCACAAGUUAUUACUUGCCAAUCUACUUCUCUGGUGUGCUCAAUAUGUCACCAACAGAUGUCGGGAAAAGACUAAUGCCCAACUUCUUCAGUGUCGCAUUUGGUUCACUAGGUGCCGGCUACUACAUGAAGAAGACUCGCAAAUACUACUGGUUCUCACUUAUAUUUUGCGCAGUCGCCGUUCUGGGCCAAUUACAAAUCCUACUCAUUGACCCAAAGAUCCCAACAUGGAGACAGUACAUUCUACUACUUGUACCCGGUGUCGGCACUUCAGUCCUCAUCACAGUCGCAUUACUCGCAAUGAUCGCUGCAGUCCCACACGAGCACCAAGCUGCCACAACCUCGAUCUCCUACGCAUUCAGAUCAGCAGGCUGCACACUCGGAGUCUCCAUCGGUGGAGCUAUCUUCCGCGAAUCUCUCAGCAAACUCACCACACGUUAUGUCUUACGCUACAUUUCAAAAGAACACCCAAAAGAAGAACUUCUCAAGAUUAUAGACAAAGCCUCCGAAUCCUCCGAAUGGGUCCAUCACAGUGCGCCAGACUUCAUACGCCAAACACUACUAGAAUGCUACCACAAGGCCUGCAAGAACACUUUCCUUUUCUGCUUCAUUUGCUCAAUUCUCACAUUAGUAAGUUUCUCAAUCAUCAAGGAGAAGAAGCUACACUCCUCACUUGAUAGAAAGGAAGAUCAAGAAGACCUCGAGGAUCUCUAA